AGAUGGCGGUAGUUUAUGACACCAUAACCGUGCUGAAAAAUUUUCUAUUCUAUUUUUUUGCGGUACUGUUAUAACAUUUGUACUGCUGUUAUUGUUUAUAAAAUAUUGUGGAUUUAAUAUUUCGUAAAUACUUUCUUCUUUGUGCAUCGGGUGUUCAUUGGUUUUCUCUAUCCGAUGUUUCUAUGCUACGUAUGAUCAGCCCGUACUCCUCCAUUGAGAUUACGGUAUAACGAUCUGUCAAGUCGUACCUGCUGUGACAAAUAUCUUGUAUUUACUUUAAACUAUUGUUAGAGGAAGUAAUUGUUUAAGAAAUGGCUGAUCCAAAGUAUGCUGAUCUUCCUGGCAUUGCUUACGAUCAAGUUGAUGUUUAUGAAACUACUGAUCUACCAGAAUCACAGCAGUUUGAAGUUUAUUCUGAGGUACGUACUGUAUUAAUGAUAUGUGCUAUAUUGUAUUUUAUGAAUAUUUUUUCCUUUCAGGAUGAAACUGAUUCCAUUGAGCGACUGCAUAUUAGUGCUACAGAAGCUUUUAAUAAGUUUAAGAGCAAAAAUCUUGUAGGUGCUGGAGUUGAUUUUUCUGAUAGAAUAUCUAGAAAACCUAGAACAGGUUAUAAUUCGGUGUUUGUUGAAUGGGAACUUCGUGGUGAAAAUGAAAAGGAAACACUAUUACAAAAAUACCAUCGCUUACAAUGUGAAAUUCAAGAAUUGAUAGCAGAGGCAAAUAAACUUAAGGAAAUGGCUAAGGAUGAUGAACAAUCUGAAUCUGCUGGUCAGGUUAUUUCCAAGGUUGAGCAAAUAAAUAAGCAAUUGGAUAAUCUUAAGUUGGAAGAGCAUUUUGGAUCUGAUCUCGUAACUGCACUAGUGGAUCCUCAGGGGACACGUCUCAAACAACUGGUUUCUCAAAUUGAACAGUUUAAGGAUACUGGUGCCAUUGAUGAUGAGGAUAAACCAAAAGAUCAAUCUUCCAAAGGCGAAGUAGGAGAAUUAAACGUACUUAAGUAUCAAAUGCGUUAUCUUCCUGAGAAAGCAAGAUUUCAGGAAGUAGCACGACUCUCUCAUCUUGAGCAGAGACUAGGACGGUUGGAAAACGUCAUAGGAAUUAAUGAUGAUAAACUUGCAAGACUCGCUCAGACGAUCAAGAGUCAAGGUGUAAUGGAAUCGGUACAGCAACUAAGUGCAAAAGCUUCUCUAUUGGAUAUCAGUCAAUUAGAUGCUGUAGAACGGAGAUUAGCUGCCCUAGUCCAUACAAUGGAUACUAUUGCAGAAAAACGAGCUGCUACGCUUCAGGACACCGAAAGGGAACAAAAAAUUUCAGAGAUUUACAAAGUAGUAAACAAAACCCAAGCAGCUUCUGAAAUUUUACCACAAAUUGUAAGUCGUAUGCUGACUCUGAGUAAUGUUCACGCGCAAGCUGCCCAGUUUGCCAAGUCAUUAACCCAACUAGAAGAAUUGCAAUCACGAAUAUCUGACGGCUUGGAUAGUAACAAAUCGCUCUUGAAAGGAGUUCAAGAAAGUUUUGCAGAGAACUUGGAGAUCAUUAAGAAUAACAUAAUAGCGUUGGAUGAACGUGUCAAGAAACUCAGAAAAUAAUUCAUAAAAUACUUUAAAGUAGCACAAAGGGAUUAAAGGUAUUCUACUGUAAAUUAUAUAUCACGAUUGUGUGCAAGCUUGAGUAAUUUGCUACUUUAUGUAUUUAAACAAUUAAUGUACUGCUAAUAUUAAGCUUUGAGAUCAGUUGUAAGGCUAGUUAUAACUCAUUUGUAACACAAUCAAAAGAAAUGUGUGAUCAAAAUAAAUGAUAACAUAUUUUCUUUCACACACA